UUUCGUCGCGAAGCCUUUCCUGCACUGGAUGUUCGGGUUUUCAUUCAACUUAGGUAAUAGUGCCGAAGACGGGCAACUGACCGACUUGGAGGUAUCCAUGUUCACUGCCCAGAUCUAGAACUUAUGCAUAGCACUGUUUAUAUUCGCCUGCUUCUUCACUUUUGUCGCACUGCGCCGACCGCGUGGCAAGUCGUUUAUCUUGUUCUUAUAUCAUCCAUAUCUGGGACAACUUUUAGCAGAGAUACGUUCAACUCGACCUUCAAGCAAUUUCUGAAACGUUUUUUUUCCACACUUAUGUCUAUUCAGAGUGAGACUUUAUGUAGGACAGUACUGUCCUUGGAGCGUUGUGUUUUUGGUCGAUGGUACGUCGUUUAGUUGACUUGCAAAGUUAUACUUUAGACUGUUCCGCCCCGAAGUGAGCACCAUAACCUAGGAUUCAAAUGUUUACCAGGUAUUUAGUAGAAACAU